GUUCAGAAAUGGCGGACAAACAAAAAUCAGCUGUUUAGCAUUAACCUCAAAAAUACCUAAAAUGAUCCGCUUAUUACUGCGGCAAAUUAGAAAUAAUUCACAUAAUUAUCCAAAUAUCAAUUUUCCACCGUCGCCUAAAUGGAUGCACACGACUAACACGGUGUUCCAUGGCGAGUAUGAAUGGCAGGAUCCCAAAUCCGAUGAAGUUGUACGUGUUGCGUACAUCGACAAAGAUGGAAAACGCACGGAAGUCAAAGGAAAAGUUGGAGACAAUGUGUUAUACCUUGCACACCGUUAUGGAAUAGAAAUGGAAGGAGCUUGUGAAGCAUCACUUGCUUGCACUACCUGCCAUGUAUAUGUGAUCGGAAAACAUUAUGAUCAAUUGCCAGAAGCGGAAGAAAAAGAAGAUGAUUUAUUAGAUAUGGCUCCAUUUUUGCGAGAAAAUUCACGACUUGGUUGCCAAAUAAUAUUAACAAAAGAAUUGGACGGCUUAGAGUUACAGUUACCAACCGCAACACGAAACUUUUACGUGGAUGGUCACAAACCGAAGCCACACUGAUCGUAGUAUCAAAUAAAGCUUUUUGUGGAAACAAUGCUAAUCUUUAUGUGAUUACCUGAUAGAUGUAGAACAUCUCUUUGAUCUAAAAUGUGUUAAGAUAUUUAAUGCAAAUAACUGAUUACUGCGGUUGAAAUGUUAUUAUUCUAUAAAUAAAAUGUACAAGAAAAUAAA